UGUGGCUUUAUCGAUGAUGCGUUUGCAUUUCGAUGACAUCGGUUCGUACCAGUGUCCGUCUGCGAAUCGUGAUUUGGGAAGGAGCUGAUAUGGAUACAGCUAGAUUCUGCAGCAUGUGAUGUGUAGUCCAUUGCCUGUUUGGAUGUCGAUGAUGUCAAAGGAGGGGUAGACCGAUUCUCAACAGUUUGCCGCACUGGUCACUAUAAAAGCCAUCAUAGCUCACCAGUGUUUUUUCAUCUUGACCUUCUUUCAUCCUCAUCUCUUCUACUCAUACUACAUAUUCUCAUCCAUCAAUCUUUCUUCUCAACACCAAUCACAAUGGAGUCUAUCAAGCAAGCCGCCAACUACGCCUCUGAGCAGGUUCAGAAGGCCACCUCUGGUGUCAGCAAGGAAACCAACAAGGAGGUCGCCAAGGACUCCAACGCCUCUGUCGGCACCCGUCUCAACGCUGCCAAGGAUGCCGUCGGUGACAAGAUUGACGAGAGCAAGCACGACGCCAAGGGUGAGGCCCACAAGCAGCAGAUCUAAAGACGCUGUUCACGAUACACGAAGCGCAUCUUUUCCUCUGAUACUCCUCAACAACAAUUGUUGACGCCAGUGGAAUUAGCAUUAAUAACCUUGUACUAUCAAUAAACCCGUCAAAAAUAAAGAAUUAGUUGAACAAUCCCAACAUUGG